AUGUCCUCAGGUGAGAAACCAUUUCCAUGCUCUGAGUGUGGGAAAUGUUUUACAUACAAAUCAGCUUUUGUUACACAUCAGAGAUAUCACACAGGUGAUAGGCCAUUUCCGUGUUCUGAGUGUGGAAAAUGUUUUAUACAAAAAUCACGUCUUGUUAUACAUGAGAGAAGUCACACUGGUGAAAAACCAUUUACAUGUUCUGAGUGUGGAAAAUAUUUUAUUAAAAAAUCAACUCUUGUUAUACAUGAGAGAAGUCACACUGGUGAGAAACCAUUUCCAUGUUCUGAGUGUGAGAAAUGUUUUAUAUAUAAGUCACAACUUGUUAGACAUGAGAGAAGUCAUACAGGUGAGAAACCAUUUCCAUGUUCUGAGUGUGGAAAAUGUUUUAUUAAAAAAUCAACUCUUGUUAUACAUGAGAGAAGUCACACAGGUGAGAAACCAUUUCCAUGUUCUGAGUGUGGGAAAUGUUUUAUAGAUAAGUCACAACUUGUUAUACAUCAGAGAAGAAUUCACAUAGGUGAAAAACCAUUUCCAUGUUCUGAGUGCGGGAAAUGUUUUACACAGAAAUCAGAUCUUGUUAAACAUCAGAGAAUUCACACAGGUGAAAAACCAUUUCCAUGUUCUGAGUGUGGGAAAUGUUUUAUACAGAAAUCAGAUCUUGUUAGACAUGAGAGAAAUCACAAAGGUGAGAAACCAUUUCCAUGUUCUGAGUGUGGGAAAUGUUUUGUACAGAAAUCAGAUCUUGUUACACAUGAGAGACGUCACACAGGUGAGAAGCCAUUUCCAUGUUCUGAGUGUGGGAAAUGUUUUGCACACAAAUCACAUCUCGUUAGACAUGAGAAAAGUCACACAUAUUCUGAGUUUGAGAAGUAAAUCAGCUCUUUUUCACACAAUAGACAUCACACAGGUGAGAAACCUUUAUUAUCUCAUCAUCACCAUGCAAUGUUCCUCAAGGUCCUGUCCUAUCUCCUAUGCUUUUUGCAAUAUACCUGCUGCUACUGAGUGAAACAAUCAGACGUCAUGCCCUGG